CCUGCAGCCAUGGUCAGCCCCACCAUGUUCUUCGACAUCACGUCCGGUGGCGAGUCCCUGGGUCACAUCUCCUUCGAGCUAUUUGCAGACAAAAUUCCAAAGACAGCAGAGAACUUUUGCGCUCUGAGCACUGGAGAGAACGGAUUUGGAUACAAGGGUUCUUCCUUUCACAGAAUUAUCCCAGGAUUCAUGUGCCAGGGUCAUGACUUCAUACACCAUAACGGCACUGGCGGCAGGUCCAUCUACGGAGAGAAAUUUGAGGAUGAGAACUUUCAUCCUGAAACAUACGGUCCUGGCAUCUUGUCCAUGGCAAAUGCUGGACCAAAUACAAAUAGUUCCCAGUUUUCUAUCUGCACUGCCAAGACUGAGUGGUUGGAUGGCAAGCAUGUGGUCUUUGGGAAGGUGAAAGAAGGGAUGAACAUUGCAGAAGCCAUGGAUCGUUUCAGGUCCAAGAAUGGCAAGACCAGCAAGAAGAUCACCAUUUCUGACUGUGGACAACUCUAAUUCUUUUGACUUGCGGGCUCCUUACCCACCAGACCAUUCCUUCUGUAGCUCCGGAGAGCAUCCCACACCCCAUCUGCUCACAAUGCCCUGUAAUCUCUGCUCUCACUGAAAUUGUUUGGGUUCCAUAUUUUCCUUAUUCCCCUCCAAGUCUAGCUGAAUUGCAGUGUUAAGUUUAUGAUUAUGAAUAAAAACUAAGUAAG